CCCAUUUAGUAGUUACCUCGUAUCUUCCCAACUGAUAUCAUCCCAGCUAGAGCUCCUCCCUACCCCCUCCGCUUCUACUUCUACCUCCGACAUCCCCACAGCUACAAAUGCACCUUGAACUCCCCUCUUUUCGACAAAAAAUCUAUCAAACCUAUUAGUAUUCACUCGUUUCAAUUGGUCAAUUCACUCAGAACCUUUAUCUUUCCGUAACUAACUAGUAUCCACCAUUAUAUGACAUCUUCCAGAUAACACCAUCCACAUAGCUAUAUAUCUCCUUUCAACGCUGCAUUUCCCAUCCCAACCCAUAUUCAAGUCAGUUAUACCUUCGACCAGCAACCAUGGCCCAAUUCUACUCCUCCAACCCCUCUACCCCUCCCAUCAAGGUAUCACCCCACCUCACGAUCCAGCCCCCACUUUCACGUCGCGGUCAUGGUCCUGGCCUCAUUCUCGUCGCCGAUCACUAUGCCUCGCUCGACGAGAGUGACAAACAUCUCGACCCGCCGCCGCUCGUCAAGUGGGCCGAGGAAGGUUACGCGGUCGCACAGGUUCUCAUCCCCGGUAAAACAGAUGAGGAUGGGAGUGAGUUCCCAUUGAAAAGAGCGGUAGAGGAGCUGAGAAAGCUGGAGAGUUGCGACGAUGGUGGUGGGUUUGGAUUGAUUUCAUACCUGACCCGCGUCCCCUACUACGUCGAAGAAGCCACCUGCCUCUCCCAAGACAUUCGCGCCAUAAUCUCCUACGGAGGUAGGAAAUUCACCUCCCUCAACACCUCACACACCUCGCCUCUCCCACCGCAACUCAUCCACCUCUCCGGCGACGCCAAACCGCGCCGAGAAUCCCUCUCCGUCGUCCCAGAUACCAGCACCUCGACCCUCCGCGCCCAGGACAGCACCGUGAAGACCUACCGGUACACGGACGCACCCAAGGACUCCGCCUGGCCUCUCCCCUCCUCCGCAGAGUACCACCCCUCCUCCGCAAAGCUCGCCCACACCCGGUCCCUCACGUUCCUCAAGCCCCUGCUCAACGGCCCGCACUUCGACCUCGAGGACAUCUGGAACGAGCACACGCGGUACGAGUUCGAGGAGCGCGACGUCCCGAAGACGAUGGCGACGAUGGUGUCCCAGCCGUACGUCAACCACAUCCCCACCCUGACCGGCGGGAUUGGGAAGGAGAGGCUCACGGCGUUCUACACGCACAACUUCAUCUUCGCCAAUCCAGAGGACACGGACUUGAAGCUGGUGAGUAGGACGAUCGGGGUCGAUAGGGUGGUGGAUGAGUUUGUGUUCCGCUUCACGCAUGACAAGGUGGUGGAUUGGUUGUUGCCUGGUGUCCCGCCUACGGGGAGGUUCCUUGAGAUCCCGUUCACGUCGGUGGUUAAUAUGCGCGGGGAUCGGUUGUGCCAUGAGCAUAUUUCUUGGGAUCAGGCGACGGCAUUGAGGCAGGCGGGUUUGUUGCCUGAGUGGACGGAUUUUCCAUAUCAGAUCGAUGGGAAGGAGCCAGGGGCUGGGAAGAAGUUUGAGGUUAGGUUGCCCGUAUUCGGAGAGGAGACAUCUAGGAAGUUGGUCGACGAAGGUUCUGUGGAAAGUAAUACUUUGAUUGAGAAAGAUGGCGGGAAGGGAUGGAGGGAGACUGACGCAUGAACUUCAUGACGGUUUUAAUGAUGUGUAAAUUGACACGGGCGGCAUACGUAAUUGUAUAUUUUGCCCCAUGGGUGCAAUUAUAUCGGCAAUUGUAGUCAUGGCUUUAAUAACAAUGCUUGAGGGAGUAAUAUACAAUCAUCAGGGUAACCAUGAGGCUGAAAAAAGAUGUCGAUAGCAACGUCAUCUAUCCAUAGGGCCGAUACUUCAGUUAAUGAUUAAAAUAUGCCAGCAAAA